ACCGGCAAGUGCGGGCGGCGCAGCAGUCAGUUGUUAGUCAGCAGUAAGCGCUCGCAACUGCAACGACGGCACCAACACCAGUAGCACCAACAGCACCACCUCGAGCCAAGGAUAGGCUCGUCUUUUCAGCGUCAGCGUCAUUAGCACCAGGUUGCUGACGACAAGCAUGGGGGUCGAUCAAGGAAGAGUAAUCGAUACCGGACCGCCGACCUCAGCUGACAACUUCUCCUCCACGGUGCAGCUGACGACGAAGCCGACUGUGAAGAAACAGCAGGAAGCCUCAGACUACGACCCGUUCUCCGAGAGGCAUGUGGAGCACCCCAACUCGGACCUGGGUUCGCUGAUGCACCUGCUGAAAGGCAGCCUCGGUUCCGGGAUCCUGGCGAUGCCGAUGGCCUUCAAGAACGCGGGCACCGUCGUCGGCUUCGUUGGGACCGUGCUCAUCGGCAUGCUCUGCGCGCACUGCGUCCACAUGCUGGUGCGGUCGUCCCACAUCGUCUGCCGGAGGGCCCGUGUCCCAAUGCUGGGGUUCGCGGAGACGGCGGAGUACGCCUUCCUGUAUGGGCCGAGCCGCCUCAAGGCAUGGGCCCGAUUCUCCAGGACGUUUGUCAACAUAGCACUGCUGACCACCUACUACAGCACCUGCUGCGUCUACCUCAUCUUCGUCGCGUCGAGCAUCAAGCAGGUGUGCGACCAGUGGUUUCCGUGGGCGCAGCUGGACAUUCGGAUCUACACGGUCCUGCUACUGCUGCCGUUGGUGCCCGGUUGCCUGCUGCGCAACCUCACGUAUCUGGUGCCCUUCUCGGCGACUGCCAACGUUUGCAUCGUGGUGGGCUUCGCCUGCACGCUCUACUACAUGCUUCGUGACCUGAAUGACCCCGGGGAGUUGCCCCUCAGUGUGGACGUCGCACGCUUUCCGCUCUUCUUCAGCACUGUCGUCUUCGCCAUGGAGGGGAUAGGAGUGGUGAUGCCGGUGGAGAACGAGAUGAGGCAUCCGCAGCACUUCCUGGGAUUGGGAGGCGUCCUCAACAUCGCCAUGGCGGUCGUCGUCUCGCUGUACGCCCUCAUCGGCUUCUUCGGCUACGUCACCUAUGGGGAGAACACCGAGGGCAGCAUCACCCUUAACCUGCCCGUCGACGAGCGACUGGCGCAAGCGGUGAAGAUCCUGAUAGGACUGGCGGUGCUGUUAACGUACCCGCUGCAGUUCCACGUGGCCGUGGGAAUCGUGCUGCAGAUGGUGAAGGACCGCGUGCCAGAGAAACGCCUCGACCUCCUGGAGUACGGCAUGCGGGUUGUCGGAGUCCUAGGCACAGUGGCGCUGGCGACGGCGGUCCCGAAGCUCGACCCUGUGGUGUCGCUGGUGGGCGCCGUGUGCUUCUCGACGCUGGGUCUGCUUUGUCCGGCCGCCAUCGAGAUGGCCACCUGCUGGCCCAGCCGCCGGAUUAUCGUUAAGGACUCGCUCAUCAUCGUGCUCGCACUCGCAGCCCUCGUCUCUGGGUCCUACACCAGCGUCCUGGGCAUCAUCGACGCCUACUCAGAGUAGCCGAGGCUCAAACACCAGCAUCCUCAGAUUCAUAGAAGCCUACUCUUAGUAGCCAAGUAAUACAUCAGCAUCCUCGACAUCUCUGAGGCCUACUCAGAGUAUUAUAUCAGCCUCCUCGAAAUAACUGAUGCCUAUUCUGAAUAUCCAGUGGUCACACAUUGACAUUCGCGACAUCACUGAGGCCUACUCUGAGUGGCCUAGAGUCAUACACCAGCAUCCGCAAAAUUAUCGAAGAAUACUCUAAGUAGGUAAGGGUCAUACACCAGCACCCUCAACAUCAGCGACCCCUUCUCUGAGUAGCCGAGGAUUAUGCACCAGUGCCCUCAGAAUCAUUAAGGCCUGCCCAGAACAACCAAGGGUCACAUACGAUCCUCAACACUAUCAAGGCCUACUUUGAGUGUCCAAGGGUCAUACACCAUCAUCAUUUGUUCCUUUGGUGAGGAACAGAACUCUACUUCACCAUUAUAUACAUUACCAAAUCUUAUGUUGAGUAGGUUUGACCUUAUACCAGCAUCCUCAUAAUUCUCGGUGUGUCCUCCAUGUAGCCCAAGGCUCUACAGGAGCAGUCUUAACGUCGCCGAGACCUACUUCGAGAAGCCCUAGCCCUACCCGAGCAGCCCUAGCUCCUAGUUUAGUUUACCAAACGUCACUGAACCUUCUCAUAUGUAACACAAAUCGUAAACCAGGAGCAACUGUGGAAUAGCUACAGCAACACUGAAGUCAACCACCCCGUGAAUUCGCAGGGCGUUUAAAGGAUAUGUUGCUCUACACAUAAUAACUAUGUGGCUUCAUAUUGGUAACUGAAAGUAGUUCUAAAUGAACACUCUGCUAAUGAAGAUGUUUUCCUUGGGUAGCAGCUUCGAUCAUACCGUAUGUAUACAACUACACAGUGUGUGACUAACCAGCCCUAUUAUGAAACGCUUCCUAAAAUUGCAGGUAUACAUGUCACUACUGUUCACUGGAUUAUGACGGUGCUGUGAAGCAAUAUUCUCUGUGAUCUUUUACACAUCUCUGAAACCAAUAUAUCAGCUAUGAACCAUGGAAUGUAACAGUGCCGUUAAGAUUCGAUCAUAGUGUGAUACGAUGUUCUCUGAGAACAACUAACUAUCUUACAUACAGACACAAUUACACAUGGCACUGUGAGGCGGCAUAUAGUGUUCAACAGUAAUCUGUUAUCCCAUGUGCUUCUUGAGAUACAUGGAGUGAUUAAAAUUAUUGGACGAUUUUUUGAUGUUAAGUACAUUACAUUACCAUUGCUCGUGUUCAGAAAUCAGUAUUCAUUCUAGUGUAACUCUCAUCUAUUAAAGACAUUUUAACUUUGUGGUUCCCCUUAAGAAACUGUUGCUUUGCAGUAGAGGUGGGAAAUUAAAAUUCUGCCUGUUCCUAACAGCAUUUUUGAGUGACUUUCAUGUACUUUUCAAACAAUUUUCCUGUGCCAGGAAAGGAUGUGUUUUAUUUAUUUUCCAACGAUAUUAUUUUGUAAUAUAGUGUUAAGACUAAUGUAUUUGCCCAGUAUGUGUUUCAGACAUCUUAGCCUACCAUGCUAGUUUGAGUGACCAUGUUGGUUUCCACAGAGCUAUCACUCCAAUACCAAUUGUACAGAAGCCUACAGUGUAUUUAUGACUCAAAAAUUCUUAUGUCAAUUACUCAAAAGAUGUUCUUAACAAAAUUAAUGCAAUUAAAAAACUUGUUAAAAGAUUAAUUGUAUUUGAUAGGUUUAUCAUAAAUUAUUUUGUAAGAAAAGUUCUAUAAUGACAAAAACGUCAAUUAUAUUAAGAGAUGUGCAAGAACUCUGACAUGACGUUGUGAUGAUCUAUAUAUGCUUCAUUCAUACUUCUGAAUUAAACUUCACAAAAGUAA